AUGAAAUGGGAAGAAGGUGCAAAACAAGGCAUUCUCGUAGCCGGUGGUCAAGGAGAAGGAAGUACUCUUACACAAUUGAAUGGUUCUCAAGGAUUCAUUGUCGAUCAAUUGGGUACUGUCUAUGUGGCUGAUCAUCGAAACUAUCGAAUCAUGCGUUGGCCAAAAGGAGCCACACAAGGAAGUGUCAUUGUUGGUGAAAACGGUAAAGGAACACAGUCGAAUCAACUUAAUUAUCCCGCAGGUUUAUCAUUCGUUCGACAUGGCAAUCUCUAUGUCGUCGAUUAUGGAAAUGAUCGAGUACAAAAAUUUAAUAUCGAAUGA